GGACACAGCAGCCUGAGCUGGAGGCGGCCCAGUGGCCUUUGUGUCCGAGGCUCACAGUGAUCCCCUGGUCCCGGGUGGUCAGCAGCAUGGGCUUUCCCAGACAGAUACAGCUUUUGCUUUGGAAGAACUGGACCCUGAGGAAGAGACAAAAGAUUCGCUUUGUGGUGGAACUCGUGUGGCCUUUGUCUUUGUUUUUGGUGUUAAUCUGGCUGAGGAAUGCCAACCCACUCUACAGUCAACAUCAAUGCCAUUUUCCCAACAAGGCAAUGCCUUCAGCAGGAAUGUUACCAUGGCUCCAGGGGAUUUUCUGCAAUCUGAACAACCCUUGUUUUCAAAACCCCACCCCGGGAGAAUCUCCUGGAAUUGUGUCAAACUAUAACAACUCCAUCUUGGCAAGAGUGUAUAGAGAUUUUCAAGAGCUCUUCAUGGACACACCAGAGAUCCAGCAUCUUAGCCAGGUUUGGACUGAACUUCGAACCUUGUCCCGACUCAUGGACACUUUGCGGACUCACCCUGAGAGAUUUGCAGGAAGAGGAUUACAAAUCCGAGACAUCCUAAAAGAUGAGGAGACCCUGACGCUAUUUCUCACGAGAAACAUUGGCCUGUCUGACUCCGUUGCCCAUCUUCUGGUCAACUCCCAAGUUCGUGUGGAGCAGUUUGCUUACGGAGUCCCAGACUUGGAACUGAAGAGCAUUGCCUGUAGUGAGACCCUCUUGCAGCGUUUCAUCAUCUUCAGCCAGCAUCGGGGGGCACAGACCGUGCGUGAUACCCUGUGUCCCCUCUCCCAGGUUACCCUACAGUGGAUAGAGGACACUCUGUAUGCCAACGUGGACUUCUUCAAACUCUUCCGUGUGCUCCCCACACUCCUAGACAGCAGUUCUCAAGGUAUCAACUUGAGAUUUUGGGGAGGAAUAUUAUCUGAUAUGUCACCAAGAAUGCGAAAGUUUAUUCAUCGGCCAAGUGUUCAAGACUUGCUAUGGGUAACCAGACCUGUUCUGCAGAACAGUGGUCCCGAGACCUUCACCCAGCUGAUGGGCAUCCUGUCUGACCUCCUGUGUGGCUACCCAGAAGGAGGAGGCUCUCGGGUGUUCUCCUUUAACUGGUACGAAGACAACAACUAUAAAGCCUUCCUGGGGAUCGAUUCCACAAGGAAAGAUCCCGCCUAUUCUUAUGACAAAAGAGCGACAUCCUUUUGUAACGCGUUGAUCCAGAGCCUGGAGUCAAACCCUUUAACCAAAAUAGCCUGGAGGGCAGCUAAGCCAUUGCUGAUGGGAAAAAUCCUCUUUACUCCUGAUUCCCCGGCUGUUCGAAGGCUACUGAAGAAUGCCAACUCAACUUUUGAAGAACUGGAUCGAGUUAGGAAGCUGGCCAAAGCCUGGGGAGAAGUGGGGCCCCAGAUCUGGUACUUCUUUGAAAAGAGCACACAGAUGACCAUGAUCAGAGAUACCCUGGAACACCCAACAGUAAAAGACUUCAUAAAUAGGCAGCUUGCAGAAGAAGGUAUUACCACUGAAGCCAUAUUAAACUUCUUCCGUAGCGGUCUACGAGAGAGCCAGCCUGAUGGCAUGACCAACUUUGACUGGAGGGAUGUAUUUAACAUCACAGACCGCUUCCUACGCCUGGCUAAUCAAUACCUGGAGUGCCUGGUCCUGGAUAAGUUUGAAAGCUAUGAUGAUGAAGCUCAGCUCAUCCAACGAGCCCUGUCUCUCCUGGAGGAAAACAGGUUCUGGGCUGGAGUGGUAUUCCCUGACAUGUAUCCCUGGACCAGCUCCCUACCUCCCCACGUGAAGUACAAGAUUCGGAUGGACAUAGAUGUGGUAGAGAAGACCAAUAAGAUCAAAGACAGGUACUGGGAUUCUGGUCCUAGGGCGGAUCCUGUGGAAGACCUCCGGUACAUCUGGGGAGGCUUUGCCUAUCUACAGGACAUGGUUGAACAUGGAAUCACAAGGAGUCAGACCCAGGCAGAGGUUCCCAUUGGAAUCUACCUCCAGCAGAUGCCUUAUCCUUGCUUUGUGGAUGACUCUUUUAUGAUCAUCCUGAACCGCUGUUUCCCCAUCUUCAUGGUGCUGGCAUGGAUCUACUCCGUCUCCAUGACUGUUAAGGGCAUUGUCUUGGAAAAGGAACUGAGGCUGAAGGAGACCUUGAAAAACCAGGGUGUCUCUAAUGCUGUGAUUUGGUGUACCUGGUUCCUGGACAGCUUCUCCAUCAUGUCAAUGAGCAUCUUUCUCCUGACACUGUUCAUCAUGCACGGGAGAAUCCUCCACUACAGCGACCCCUUCAUCCUCUUCCUGUUUCUGCUGGCCUUCUCCACGGCCACGAUCAUGCAGUGCUUCCUGCUCAGCACGUUCUUCUCCAAGGCCAGCCUCGCAGCAGCCUGCAGUGGGGUCAUCUACUUCACCCUCUACCUACCACACAUUCUCUGCUUUGCCUGGCAGGACCGGCUGACGGCCGACCUGAAGACGGUUGUGAGCCUGCUUUCUCCCGUGGCCUUCGGCUUUGGCACCGAGUACCUGGUCCGCUUCGAGGAGCAAGGCCUGGGGCUGCAGUGGGACAACAUUGGGAAGAGUCCCAUGGAAGGGGAUGAGUUCAGUUUCCUGCUGUCCAUGGAGAUGAUGCUUCUUGACGCCGCUCUGUACGGGUUGCUUGCCUGGUACCUUGACCAGGUUUUCCCAGGAGACUAUGGAACGCCCCUCCCCUGGUACUUCCUCCUACAGGAGUCUUACUGGCUUGGAGGUGAAGGUUGCUCGACCCGAGAAGAAAGGGCCCUGGAGAAGACUGAACCUUUAACAGAGGAAAUGGAGGAUCCGGAGCACCCAGAAGGAAUGAGUGACUCCUUCUUCGAACGCGAGCUCCCAGGGUUGGUGCCUGGAGUAUGUGUGAAGAACUUGGUAAAGGUUUUUGAGCCCUGUAGCCGGCCUGCUGUGGACCGCCUUAACAUCACUUUCUAUGAGAACCAGAUCACUGCGUUCCUGGGUCACAAUGGAGCAGGGAAAACCACCACCUUGUCCAUCCUGACAGGGCUGUUGCCCCCAACAUCGGGGACUGUGCUCAUCGGAGGAAAAGACAUUGAAACUAGCCUGGAUGCAAUCCGCCAGAACCUGGGCAUGUGUCCCCAGCACAACAUCCUGUUCCACCAUCUCACGGUGGCUGAGCACAUCCUCUUCUACGCCCAGCUGAAAGGGAAGUCCUGGGAGGAGGCCCAGCUGGAGAUGGAAGCCAUGUUAGAAGACACUGGUCUCCACCACAAGAGAAACGAGGAAGCUCAGGACCUCUCAGGUGGCAUGCAGAGGAAGCUGUCUGUGGCCAUUGCUUUUGUGGGAGAUUCCAAAGUGGUGGUCCUGGACGAACCCACCUCUGGGGUGGACCCCUACUCCAGGCGCUCCAUCUGGGACCUGCUCCUGAAGUAUCGCUCAGGCAGAACCAUCAUCAUGUCCACUCACCACAUGGAUGAGGCUGACCUCCUCGGCGACCGCAUUGCCAUCAUUUCCCAGGGAAGGCUCUACUGCUCCGGAACCCCACUCUUCCUCAAGAACUGCUUUGGCACAGGCUUCUACUUGACCUUGGUUCGCAAGAUGAAAAACAUCCAGAGCCAAAGAGGUGGCUGUGAGGGGGCCUGCAGCUGUACAUCAAAGGCUUUCUCCAGCAGGUGUCCAGCCCGAGCUGAUGAGAUAACCGAGGAACAAGUCUUGGAUGGCAGUGUGAAGGAGCUGAUGGAUUUGGUGUACCACCAUGUUCCAGAGGCAAAACUGGUGGAAUGCAUUGGUCAGGAACUUAUCUUCCUCCUUCCAAACAAGAAUUUCAAGCAGAGAGCAUAUGCCAGCCUUUUCCGGGAGCUGGAGGAGACGCUGACUGACCUGGGGCUCAGCAGCUUUGGAAUUUCGGACACUCCCCUGGAAGAGAUUUUUCUGAAGGUCACGGAGGACUCUGAUUCCGGCUCUAUGUUUGCAGGUGGCAUGCAGCAGAACAGAGAGCAUGUCAGUCUCCGGCACCCUUGUUCUGCUGCCGCCGAGAAGGUCAGGCAGCCCGCCCAGGGCUCCCACACCUGCUCCCUAGGACAAGUGGAUCCUUCCAAGGGCCAACCUUCCCCAGAGCCAGAGGAACCCAGCGCCCCAUUCAACACAGGCGCUAGGCUGAUUCUUCAACACGUGCAGGCGCUGCUGGUCAAGCGAUUCCACCACGCUGUCCGCAGCCACAAGGACUUUUUGGCUCAGAUUGUUCUCCCUGCCACUUUUGUGUUUUUGGCUCUGAUGCUUUCCAUCAUUGUGCCUCCGUUUGGUGAAUUUCCAGCUUUAACCCUUCACCCCUGGAUGUAUGGACGUCAAUAUACCUUCUUCAGCAUGGAUGAGCCCAGCAAUGAACACCUCGCAGUGCUGGCAGAUGUCCUCCUGAACAAGCCAGGCUUUGGCAACCGUUGUCUAAAGAAAGACUGGCUUCCGGAGUACCCCUGUGGCAAUUCAACCUCCUGGAAGACACCUUCUGUGUCCCCGAACAUCACCCACCUGCUCCAGAAGCAGAAAUGGACAGCAGCCAACCCCUCUCCAUCCUGCAUGUGCAGCACCAGAGAGAAGCUCACCAUGCUGCCCGAGUGCCCUGAGGGUGCCGGAGGGCUCCCGCCUCCACAGAGGACACAGCGCAGCACUGAAAUCCUGCAAGACCUCACGAACAGGAACAUCUCUGACUACUUGGUAAAAACGUAUCCUGCUCUCAUCCGAAGCAGCUUAAAGAGCAAAUUCUGGGUCAAUGAACAAAGAUAUGGAGGGAUUUCCAUUGGAGGGACGCUCCCCGCCAUCCCCAUCACUGGGGAUGCACUUGUCAGUUUCUUAAGUGACCUUGGCCAGAUGAUGAAUGUGAGCGGGGGUCCUGUCACCAGAGAGGCCUCUAAAGAAAUGUUAGAUUUCCUCAAACAUCUCGAAACUAAAAACAACAUUAAGGUAUGGUUUAACAACAAGGGCUGGCAUGCCCUGGUCAGCUUCCUGAAUGUGGCCCACAACGCCAUCUUACGGGCCAGUCUGCCUAAGGACAGGGACCCCGAGGAGUAUGGAAUCACCGUCAUCAGCCAGCCCCUGAACCUGACCAAGGAGCAGCUCUCGGAGAUCACAGUGCUGACCACCUCGGUGGAUGUCGUCCUUGCCAUCUGCGUGAUUUUCGCCAUGUCCUUCGUUCCAGCCAGCUUUGUCCUUUACUUGAUUCAGGAGAGGGUGACAAAAGCCAAGCAUUUGCAGUUUAUCAGCGGUGUGAGCCCCGCCACCUACUGGCUGACCAACUUCCUCUGGGAUAUUAUGAAUUACGCUGUGAGUGCGGGGCUGGUGGUGGGCAUCUUCAUUGGAUUUCAAAAGAAAGCCUACACAUCUGCGGACAACCUUCCUGCUCUCGCAGCUCUGCUCAUGCUGUAUGGAUGGGCAGUCAUCCCCAUGAUGUACCCAGCAUCCUUCCUGUUUGACGUCCCCAGCACAGCCUAUGUGGCUUUGGCCUGUGCUAACCUGUUCAUCGGCAUCAACAGCAGCGCCAUCACCUUCGUCCUGGAAUUGUUUGAGAAUAACCGGACGCUGCUCAGGUUCAACGCCAUGUUGAGGAAGCUGCUCAUUGUCUUUCCCCACUUCUGCCUGGGCAGAGGCCUCAUCGACCUGGCACUGAGCCAGGCUGUGACAGACGUCUAUGCCCAGUUUGGUGAGGAGUACUCUUCCAACCCAUUCCAGUGGGACCUGAUUGGGAAGAAUCUGGUUGCUAUGGCAAUAGAAGGGGUGGUAUACUUCCUUCUGACACUCCUCAUCCAGCACCACUUUUUCCUCACCCGGUGGGUCGCUGAGCCCGCUAGAGAGCCCAUUUUUGAUGAAGACGAUGAUGUGGCUGAAGAAAGACAAAGAAUUACUAGUGGGGGAAAUAAAACUGACAUCUUAAGGUUAAAUGAACUAACCAAGGUUUACUCCGGCUCUUCCAGUCCAGCCGUAGACAGGUUAUGUGUCAGAGUCCGUCCUGGAGAGUGCUUUGGGCUCCUGGGAGUGAACGGUGCAGGGAAAACCACCACAUUCAAGAUGCUCACUGGGGACACCACAGUGACAUCAGGCGAUGCUACCAUAGCAGGCAAGAGCAUUUUAACCAAUAUUUCUGAUGUCCAUCAAAACAUGGGCUACUGUCCUCAGUUUGAUGCAAUUGAUGACCUGCUCACAGGCCGAGAACACCUUUACCUCUAUGCCAGGCUGCGGGGCGUGCCAGCAGAGGACAUUGAGAAGGUUGCUAACUGGGGUAUCCAGAGCCUUGGCUUGUCUCAGUACGCUGACCGCCUGGUAGGCACCUACAGUGGAGGUAAUAAGCGGAAACUCUCCACCGCCAUAGCACUCAUUGGCUGCCCGCCCCUACUGCUACUGGAUGAGCCCACGACAGGGAUGGAUCCCCAGGCACGCCGCAUGCUGUGGAAUACCAUUGUGAGCAUCAUCAGAGAAGGGAGAGCCGUGGUUCUCACCUCCCACAGCAUGGAAGAAUGUGAAGCGCUGUGUACACGGCUGGCCAUCAUGGUGAAGGGCACUUUUCAAUGUCUGGGCACCAUUCAACACCUCAAGUACAAGUUUGGAGACGGCUACAUUGUCACGAUGAAAGUUAAAUCGCCAAAGGAUGACUUGCUUCCCGACUUGAAUCCUGUCGAGCAGUUCUUCCAGGGCAACUUCCCAGGCAGUGUGCAGAGAGAGAGGCACCACAGCAUGCUCCAGUUCCAGGUCGCCUCCUCUUCCCUGGCCAGGAUCUUCCAGCUGCUCAUCUCCCACAAGGACAGCCUGCUCAUCGAGGAGUACUCAGUCACUCAGACCACGCUCGACCAGGUAUUUGUGAACUUCGCUAAACAGCAGACUGAGACCUAUGACCUCCCUCUGCACCCUCGAGCUGCUGGAGCCAGCUGGCAAGCCAAGCUCGAAGGGAAAGCUGGACGGCCGGAGACGCAGGAGCCUUUGCCCACAGGAUCAACUGAACGACUGGCGAACAUAAACAAGCCUACCGAGGCAGAAGACAAACACACCAGGCGCCCACAGUGAACUCAAGGAGGCUCUUCCAGAAGGAAACCAAGACUCACUGGCUCACCGGAAUUCCUGAUGGCAAAACUGACCUAUCCAAACAUCCAGACCACCCAAGUAGCCGCUGACCAGUGGCUUUGCUUAGCACCUCGUCCAUUCUGAGUGGAUGUGCUUUUGUGGGGUGGGAGGAGUGUGGGUGUGUGGGUAUUAUUUGGAAGGAGGAAUAAAAUGCACUCUCCUUGUGAACUACUCAUUAAUCUCCCCUAAACACGGCUUCAUUAGUGUUCAGCAUAUGGUAUAGUUUCAGACUUUCUCAGAGGGGAGAGGAGCAGUCACUUACAGCAUGAGGGAUUCAGAGAAGCAUGAAGUCCAUUCUCAUCUACCAUGUGGGUCCCAGGAGUCAAAUUUGGGUCAUCAGACUUGGUAGUAAGCAUCCACUGAGCCAUCUUGAAUGCCCUGUAAACUAUUUUGAGUGGCAAUUUAUUCCCCUUCUCUCAUCCCUCUACUAGAUUGCAAGAUUCUAUAGAUCUUGAAUCUUACUCGUCUUUGUAGCCUUUGCUAUUUAUAUGCUCUUUUCUGAUGUUUUAACAACAUACUAGAUUUUCAGUAACUACUAAGUGGGUAGCAUGAAAAUGUUAUGAUUCAUAACAGUAGCAAAAUUACAAUUAUGAAGUAGCAAUGAAAAUAAUUUUAUGACUGGGGGUCACCAUGACAUGAGAAAUUGUAUUAAAGGGUUGCAGCAUUAGGGAGGUUGAGAACGGUUGAAUUAAAUUAAGCUUGCCUUACCCUAAAUUAACCUAAUAAGAUAAUAUAGUUUUAAAACCAGUGGCUGGAACCCAGCUAAUUGCAAGUAUUCUGCCAGCCACAGACGACAAACUGAGGAAAUAUGUCCGUUUAAGGGACAAUCGGACUCUACGCCCCCAGGCUACUUCUCUGUCCUUCAGCAGCGUUUUCUGACUGUGUUCUAGCGCCCUCUGGACCAUCUUCGCAGCAGGUACCAUCCGCUUCUCAGUCUUUGACCUGCUCAACUAGUCCCUGUCGAAUGUGUCUAACAUUUUCCUUCCUAAGAGGUAGGAGUCAGAAGUGAGCUCUCAAGUAGAAUUCCCAGACUGCUAAUGACUGGAUAGAACUGCCCGGUCAGGGCCCAUUGUACCUUUGGCCUCUCCCAGUCACUGGAGGUCAGGGGUGAGUUCUUUCUUGGAUCCUGAACUCCACAAACCUGUGUUCUGAAUUCUUUGGAUUGAUUUAAGCAACUCGUAGAUUAGACUGGGUCCAGAAUGAACUACAUCCAAUAUCUAACUGUUCAGAUCCAUUAGCAGCCUCGGCUAGGUACAUUUUGAUAAUGGGUUUAUCUAAUUAGAGUCAUCUUCUGGGGUUCUAGAUGAUUUUAUGUAUAAGAGUUAUAGACCAGACCUUAUAUAAAUUAAGGAAAAUGUCUUGCUCAUUUAGAGAUUGAAUCAUGCUAAAAGUAUAAUGGGCUAGACGUGGUGGUGUUCCUCUUUAAUCCCAGCACUGGGGAUGCAGACGCAGGCUGAUCUCUCUGAGUUCCAGGACAGCCAGGGUUACAUAGAGAGACCCUAGUUGAGAAAGUCAGUCUUGUUUGCCUUUGCUUGGAAAGGUCAACAGUGCACCCCCCAAGGCUUCAUUCACACACAGACUCACACACACACACACACACACACACACACACACACACACACACACCCCAGCACUGAACGAGGACUGAGCAUCCCCAAAAUUUUCUCUGACCUACACCCAAAAGGCAAUUACAAGGCUCUUUUGACCUGUGGGAUGAUGUAGACUCUGGGUCUGACAUGUUUUCCUAGGAACCUCAUCUUUCUCACUAGAAGGGACCACAGUCUUGGUUUUAGGAAGAGAAUCAUGGCAGCCCUUUAACCAAAUGGCAUUGACCUCUGACCCUAGUUUUAAACCUGCCAUAUUAUGCUAACCCUGUUAACCUUACUUGUCCAUGAACAUAAUCAUGAGCUUUCAUACUGGAGCAUGGCAACAACCAUGCCCGCCUAUAUUAUAUUGUGCAAUUAGAUCGAGUAGCUAAGGCAUGUCUAAAUUACUUAACAGCACCGCCAGCAGCAACCAGAUUGGCAGAAGUUUCGUUCACGGUGGCAUUGGGAAAUGAACUUUAGUUACAAGUGCUCACAUUCUAUGGAAAGUCCACUAAAAUCCAAACAUCUCUUUCCAGUCAGUAGACUAGCAACUCCUGCAACUCUGGCCCUGCCUCCUAAUCACCAUCUAAAAUGUCGGGUUUUAGACUGCCUCUUUGUUGUCUUGGUCUGGAUGAUGGUACAUAACCACACAUCAUGAAAAAGAACCCAGUCAAUCCAGUGACAUCACAUAAGCCAUUACUCUUCCGUCAGUGGUGGGUUCGGGUCUUGAUUAUACAAUACUGGAAACACAAUAUGUCUUUUGUUUAUUCUGGGUUGUUUGGUUGGUUGGUUGGUUGGUUUUUCCAGACAGGGUUUCUUUGUAUAACCCUGGCUGUUCUGGAACUCACUCUAUAGACCAGGCUGGCCUCAAACUCAGGGAUCUGCCUGCCUCUGCCUCCUGAGGGCUGGGAUUAAAGGUGUGCACCACCACUGCCUGGCUUCAAUAUCUUUUGUAGAUAUCGGAUAGGUUUUCUGUAUUUGGUAGCAAUUAUGUUGGGGUUUUGUUUUGUUUUCCCUUUUUCAAUGCUGGGAAUCCAAUCUCGAGCAUAGCACAUGCUAGACAACUGUCAUACUACUGAGCCACAGCCCAGCCCACAACUGGGAUAUUUUGCCGGGGUGUGGGUGGGUAUCUUGUGCACUGAAUUAAGUCAAUUUUGGUUUUUUUUCUCACUAGAAGUGGUUCUGUACCCUUGCAGCAUAAAGGGACUAUGGGAAAGUGAUUUUUCUCCCUGGACUUUGCUCAGGAGCUGUGUGGACUCAUAGGCAAACAGUUUUAACCAGCCUCUGAUCAAACAUUCUCUUUUCUAGCCAGCCACUGUGAGGGCAUGUUGGGUCACAGAGAAUGUGAAUGCCCUGUCCUGCCUCCACACUGCAUCAGAUGUUACUCCUCAUUCCUGCCCCUCACAUUACUUCCCCUGAAGUGUUUUGUCAGGUAUUAAAUGGGAUACACUGAGAAGUUGAUCAGUAAUCAGUAUUAUUGUAUGAAUAUCCUAGAACAUGUAUAUAUAUAUAUAUAAACCUACAUAGUCUGGCCUAUAAAAGGCAGCAUGGGCUGGCCUACUUUUUCCUUAGCAUGUUACUGUAUUACUGCUGCAGGCAAAUGUAACACAGGGGGAAGGGUGUGUUUAUACAAACAGAAAAGGCAAUGAGAAAACACAGUUUAGAACUUGAAGGAACUCAGCAGGAAUAGAGGCCGAAAGGAAAAGUAUCAGCUCAGGACGCCCAAGAGCAAGUUCUCAGCACAAAGAAGACUGAUUUGCCCCAGAGUGACAGAGGGCAGGGAUAAGGGACAAAGACAGGAGCUAGAGGGAGAGGGUAAAGGGGAAGGAUCAAAGGAAAGGGUGCGAGGGCAUUUGUCUUGGGGUGGGGACAAAGGGCUGCCUCUGCAGAGAGAGGAGAUGGGUGUGGCCCAGAGGAACACAGCAGGUUAUAGAGGACAAAGGGAAAGCCUGCGUUAGAAUGAGGUGUUUCAUUUUAAUUGGGCGUGUUAAUUAGGGCAGCCAAAGGGAGCCUUUGAUGGCUGGACUUCGACACUUUGAUAGCUGGACUUUGGUGGUCAGCCUCAGGAGCAGGAAGUGACCAAAUAAGGGAACAGACCUUGGUGGCUAGCUUCAGGAAUGUAAUCUAAUGAUUUGUCAGCAAGGCAGGGUGGCCGGGAGAGAAGGGCAAGGCCUGCCAGAGCCAUGCCUGCCAAUCAAGCAGGUCAGAGUCCCUUCAGGGCUGCGGAACCUUUAGUGUCAGUGGGUGUGUGAAUGUGGAGGCCCAGGACUUGUGUACUCCUGCAGACUUCAUAGACACCAUAUAUUCAGUUUACACUAGGUUUGUUAUUUUAUCUUUCUUCGAUAAUAGUUUCAUUUUAUCGUACUGAAGCUUUUUGCCACCAAAAACUAUUUUUUUAAGCUUUCAACUUUUUAGGACACUGCUAAAAGCACAAAUUCCUACAGUUGCACAAAAAUAGUUUCUCUAUACCCUUAUUAUAUAAGCUUUCUUUCUAUUAAAAAAAUUGAGCCAGGUUCUUAUGUAGUUUAUGCUAACCUCAAACUUAAUUUGUAGUUAACAGUACCCUUGAACUCCUGAUCCUUUUGUCUCUGCCUCCUGACUGCUGGGAUUACUGGCUUAAACUACCAUAUCCAACUAAAUGUUUUAUUCUUUUACUAUUUUACUUUUUAAACUUUUUGGUUGGCGAUCAAGACACAAGCUUAGAGUUAUUCAGAGUUAAACCACCAGUGUCCUUGACCUCCUCAGUUCUUCUCAUUAGAAAGUUUUCAAGGUAAUAACUCACUCGGAGCUGUCACCUCCUACAACAACAUCAUCUUAUGCUGGAAUCGCUCAUGAAAGCCUUGCAACUUGCCAAUACCAAGGGACAUCAGUCCUUUCAGUGUGCAGCAGGAACAGUAUGUCAUGGUGACUCAGCUCUUCUCCCAAGAUGCACUCUUGAAUUGCCAUGCCAGCAGAGCAGAGAAGCAUUGCUUGGAGAAAGAUCUUACAAGGAUUUCUUGCUGUUACUGAUGUUCCCACACAUCACACAUCGGCCCUUUUGCUGGCGUUGCGCCCACAUCACAAUAUCGAAGUGAUACCUUCCCUUCAAACACCACUCUGCUUUGCCCAAGCCAUAGCGGUAGCAGAAAGAUGACGUCACUGCAGCCCAUGAUGCUUUGCUUGCCUUGCCCCCUUUGUCACAGAUUUGCUUCUAAACCAACAACGCAGCUGGAACAUUCCUCUAUUCAUGAAAAUGUUUGCUCUUGGGGUCAUGUUUUCAAACUUUUGAAGAUUAUUGAGGGCUAUAGAAACUUCUGCUAAAUUCUGUGGCUCUUCUUGGCC